CCGCCGGCAGGUCAGCAGGUGACUGGUAGAGACCAGCCUGCCUCUGUGAUCCUGCAAUGGGAUGGUACCCUCACCUACGAUCAUCCCGUCUUCAUCCUCACGGAGGAACGCUUCACUCUGGCUCGUGUCUUCUAUGCCUUCAGUCUCUUUGCCUUCUUCGUCCGCCUCAUGUAUAUAUUCAGCUUUAGUAUUGUUCUGGGACCAAAGCUUAUCAUGAUAAGGCGCAUGGUUACUAAUGAUCUUCUGCCCUUCCUUAUGCUGCUCUUUGUCAUUCUGAUCGGUUACGGAGUAUCAGUCUCAGCUCUCUCCUACCCCAAUGGAUAUUACGCCUCGAUCUUUCAACGAAUGUCGCCCGGAAAAAUUAUCUACGAGUUUAUGAUGACGUCUUACUUCCAAAUGCUUGGUGACUUCGGACUCAACAUCCUCGAAGGCGAAGGUCAGAGUUUUGCUGACAAUUUUGCUCUCGAAUCGAAGCUGGUGAAGUGGGAGUACAUGAAAGCACAGGGCAUCCUACGUGCACAGGCGGACUCCGAAUUUGGUGCACGUCGCAUAGGAGCCAACGGACCACGUCUAACUACCGUCCUUCGUGGCCGAGCCCAGGCAGGGGGUGGGGGGACCCAUGGGGUAACUCGUGGCCCCGCAGGUCGUGAGGAAGGCCACACUGGGAGUCAGAUGCUCGAAGGCCUCUCAAACCUUCUGGGCACGGACAGUGAAUUUAUUGAGGGCCGAUUUGAGGCGCUGCAGACUUGCUAUUCCAAAAUCGCCGGCCUUGAGGAUCGUAUGGAGAAAAUCGGCACUUUAAUGAGGAAACUAGCCACGACGGUUACAACAAUCUCCCAUAUGCAAACACGGAUUCUUGCUAGUCUUGAGCCUGGACAGGGAAGACGACUUGUCGGCCAGGGCAAAUCCAAACGUCAUCCAAAAACCACGGAAAUCACCAAUCAACUCAUUGCUGACGUUAUUAGGGAGGCUGUGAAGGGACUAUCAAAACACUGCACAGAUAUAAAUGAAAAAAUAGAAGAAAAACUUCGCAUUGAGGGCCUUUGCAUCAAAGCUGUCAUGACUUAUCCGAAACCCCCAUGCACCCAACUGGACGUGGUGACGCCCCUGCCGAAGAUGCCACCAUCUCGAAGACCAGACGCCAUCCCUCCCAGCGGGCAGGUCUUUGAACGCUUGAUUGGAAGUCAUCGUCUCUGGCGAAUUUCACCCUUUAACUUCGAACGCAGACCCGGUAUGCGUGUGAACAUUCCGGACGAGAAGAUUGACUGGAAGGUCGUAUAUCCAGACUAUCGUCCAUUCACCAUCACAGGUGAGCGGUUGGCCUACCCGUACCCAGAAAUUGAGGAUGGACCACAGAUGCAAGUUGCUCUUGAUAUGCUAUUUAAAUAUUUUACUGCAUCGCUACUUAAUACAUUUACGUAG